ACUAGAAAGCCCAAUUCAACCCAUGUGAAAAUUGGGCCAACCUGCUAAAGACUAAACCGCUAAAGCGUAAAUACGAGCCUCUUCUGCUAGGGUUUGCAAUUAAUCUCCGUUCGCAGAUUAGGGUUUUCAAGCAAUUCAACCAGUCAGGCAGGUAGUAGCGGCAAACACAUCUCCGUCACCAUGGGUCGUAUGCACAGCUCCGGAAAGGGUAUUUCCGCCUCAGCUAAGCCAUAUAAGAGGACUCCGCCAAGCUGGCUGAAGAUCUCUCCUCAAGAUGUUCAGGACAGCAUCUGUAAGUUUGCUAAAAAAGGUCUCACCCCAUCCCAGAUUGGUGUUAUUCUUCGUGAUUCCCAUGGUAUUGCUCAGGUGAAUAGCGUAACUGGGAGCAAGAUUCUCAGGAUUCUCAAAGCACAUGGACUUGCACCUGAAAUCCCAGAGGAUUUAUACCACCUGAUCAAGAAGGCAGUUGCAAUUAGAAAGCACUUGGAGAGGAACAGGAAGGAUAAGGAUUCUAAAUUCAGACUCAUUCUUGUUGAAAGCAGGAUUCAUCGUCUUGCUCGCUACUACAAGAAAACCAAGAAGCUUCCACCAGUCUGGAAAUAUGAAUCAACCACUGCUAGCACACUUGUGGCUUAGAAAAGAGCUGUGGGGAAUGGAGUUUUGAGUUUGAAAGUCAUAUUUUUUAGUUGGAAGAUUGUUCUUGUUUUUCUGGUGAUUAGGAUGUUUGGACCAUGAAAAGAUUUUUGUGUUGUUUGAAGAAAUUGUUUUAAGAAUGUAGUAUCAGUUCUUGCACUUCUCAUACAUAUGGUUAUUUAUCAAGAAUUCUCUGAUGACCAAAAAUUUGUGAUUCAUGCU